GCAUCCAGUGGCAGGGGGGCCCUCUGAUGGUGAAGUAAGUAAUAGCAAAUCUUGUUGGGGUUGGGGAAGGGUUUGGGGGGUUUGUGCGAAGCAAUUUGAGGAAAGUAUCGAUGGACUAUGUAAUAAACAGGAAUGAUCUCAUGGAAUGAUCCAAUUGUAGUUUUUUUGCACUGAAGAUGCGUCGCGUACUGCCAUCGAGAUCCAGACGAGCUACGACGACUUCCUUGUCUUUUUCCUUCGUAAUCUGUAUUCUGGGAAGCGACGAACCCAUCUGGGCUAAUUUCAGGAAGAUGAAGAAGAAGAAGAUGGAGAAGGAGGAGGACGACAACGACGACAAGAACACGGCCCAAGUAAUCUACCACGAGAAGCAGAGACUUCAAUUCUGCCUCUUGCACGCCCUCAACAAUCUCUUUCAGGAAAAAGGCGCAUUCUCUCGGACACAAUUGAAUGCCAUUUCGGAAAAACUCAGCCUUGAAGAUCCAAACAAGGAAGGCUGGACACCGCUUUCUGUAAUAUUCAAACCUCAUCAUAAUGCACUUACGGGGAAUUACGACGUAAAUGUUCUAUUUGCGGCACUAGAAGAAAGGGGUAAAAGGGUAGCCUGGCACGACAAGCGUAGUGGAGCUUCUUCAAUGGACCUUGAUGAGCAAGAAGGUAAGCUAAUGGGUAUAUUGCUGAACAUCCCCGUAAAAAGGUUUGGUGGCCUUAUGGGAGGAGGUAGGCAUUGGGUUGCGUUAAAGAAGAUUGGAAACAUUUGGUACAAUUUAGAUAGUGAUUUUGCUGCUCCUUAUGCUUUUAAAGAUACUGAAGAAAUGAGGUAUUUCUUGGAUGCCAUUACCAAUGAUGGUGCAGAAAUUUUGCUUGUCAUGAAUGAUAACCAAUCACUGGUUCUAAUGUCGGCAAAAGCCGGUGGAACUGAAUCAGAUGCCAAUGGCAAGACCGUCGUCUUCAACAAGCAGAACUCUGCUAACAAAUCAACCAGCGAGAAGAAAUUCUCAACAAGCUGCAGAUUCAGGACGCCAACGAGAUCGGAAUUGUCGCCGCUAAGAUUUCUCCGGCGAAUCGGCGAUAAGGUAGCUUCCGCUCUACAGUUCAUCUCCUGCAAGAGGAAGCGGAGGAGGAGAUCGUGUGGUAGCGUUAAUUCUAAUUCAGCAGGAAGAUCAAACCCGUCGAUAGCUCCGAUUGAUUCUCAGAGAGCUGAAGCCAUCAGCGACUGCAUCGAGUUCAUGGUCAACUCCUCUUCUUCUUCCUUGCAGAGAUCUAAUUCUGUUUCCAUUACUUCUUCUUGAAUGGAUUAAUCCUCUUUUUCGUGCAAUAACCACGUUGUUUGAACUUUGAAAUGAUCAUGAUCCUCGCUCUUUUUCAUCUCAGUCUGCGUGGCAACUGAAGAACUCAAAAAACUUUCUACUACAAUCAUCAACUUUCCGUACAAAAUUUCCUCGGAAAAUGAUGAGGCCAGUCUUCAUGCUAAAAAUUAGAUUCUAUUAUUUUUUACUAAUUAAUUAAAGGGCUCCUAUUUCAAAUUUAGUUCUUAGUAGUUAAUUUUAAGCAUUACUUAGAACUUUAGGCUCAAGUGAUAAUGUAUAUGCAGGUAUCUUUUUGUAUUUAUUUUAUUGGGAUGUAAAAAAAAAAAAAUUAUUGUAA